UGAGAGGGAAGUGGGGAGAGAGAGAGAGAAAUGAGAUUGAGAUUGAGUGCGUAUGUGUGUGUUGAUAAAAUGAAGAAAGUAGGUUAAGUCAGGAGAUUUGCUGUCUUGAUCAGUGGAAUAACAGAUAUGGGAGGAGAUUGUGAUCAUAAAAUAAGUUAUUAGAUAUAAGAUUCCAGAAGUGUUGCUUCCUGAGCAGUGACAAGAUCCAAAGAGUGGCCAUGGGAGUUCCAAUUGCUUAAGUUGAUUUGGGCAUGAAAGGUGAACGGCAUCAGAGAUGAAGAAGUGGAUGAAAUCUGAGACUAAAGUGUAGGUUAGGGUGUACUGUAUUAGUUGAAUAUAUCUUUUAUUUGCCAUCACGCUUUUUUUGGCCCCUUGUCCAACUGCAGAUCACCAAAUCUGAAUCAAACUACCAACCUUAGGCUUCCUACAAACAUACCAAGGGGAAAAAAAAUCAUACAUCUUUACAGAUGGUUAUUACUACAACCCAUCAUUCUGCAUCAACAUAGACAGCAAAUCAUGUGGUUGUGUUAUCACCUUGUCUCCUGGUCAUAAACCCAUGUGGCAUUUUACAGAAGUGGAUGAUCAAAAAGGAAUGGGUGAACAAAGAUAGAAGUACAGCAAAGAAAUGAAAAAUGAUAACAGUGGAAGAAGUGAAAUUCAAAUAAGACCUAAACGGGACUUCCCUGGUGGUCCAGUGGUUAAUACCCCGCGCUUCCGCUGCAGGGGGCACAGGAUUUGAAGCGUUCAUUACCAGCUGGACUUGGUCUCUCUGAAACCCAAAUCACAUCUCAUAGUUUUGACAGUACCAAAGAGGGCGUUACUGAAGCAGGAGCAUUUCAAGGUUCCCCAGCACCACCACUGCCAUCUGUUAUGUCUCCUAGCAGGGUGGCAGCUAGUCGACUGGCUCAACAAGGAAGUGAUUUAAUUGUUCCUGCAGGUGGCCAGAGAACUCAGACAAAAAGUGGACCAGUUAUUCUAGCAGAUGAAACCAAAAAUCCUGCAAUGGAAAAGUUAGAACUUGUUAGAAAAUGGAGUCUAAAUACCUACAAGUGCACUCGACAAAUUAUCUCUGAGAAGCUGGGCCGUGGAUCAAGAACUGUGGAUCUUGAACUCGAAGCUCAGAUUGAUAUAUUAAGAGAUAACAAGAAAAAAUAUGAAAAUAUUCUAAAACUGGCUCAGACAUUGUCAACCCAGCUCUUCCAGAUGGUGCAUACCCAAAGGCAACUCGGAGAUGCAUUUGCUGACCUGAGUUUGAAGUCACUAGAACUCCAUGAAGAAUUUGGCUAUAAUGCAGAUACCCAGAAACUGCUGGCUAAAAAUGGAGAAACUCUCUUAGGAGCCAUUAAUUUUUUCAUUGCCAGUGUGAACACUUUGGUGAAUAAAACAAUUGAGGAUACAUUAAUGACUGUGAAACAGUAUGAAAGUGCCAGAAUUGAAUAUGAUGCAUAUCGUACUGAUUUGGAAGAACUGAAUCUUGGACCACGUGAUGCAAACACUCUGCCAAAGAUUGAGCAAUCACAGCAUCUGUUCCAAGUACAUAAGGAAAAAUAUGAUAAAAUGCGCAAUGAUGUUUCUAUCAAGUUGAAAUUUCUAGAAGAAAAUAAGGUGAAGGUGCUACACAAUCAGCUGGUCCUUUUCCACAAUGCCAUUGCCGCUUACUUUGCUGGGAAUCAGAAGCAGCUUGAACAGACACUUAAACAGUUCCAUAUCAAAUUGAAAACCCCUGGAGUGGACGCCCCGUCUUGGCUUGAAGAACAGUAAAAUCACACCUGGAAAAAAAAGAGAAAGUCACAUUGUUAUAUUUCUAAACAAACCUAAUGAGAAUGAAGCAGAAAUGGGGGAAGAGGGAAAGGGUGACCACCAUUGUAGUGAUUCUUACACAAACAGCUUUAAUUUUUCCCUUUUUCAUACUUUAACAAUUGAACUGUUAAAUUUGAUGGGAAGAUGGGUGGUUUUAAUGUAAACGUAAUUUCUAUAAUCUGAACACAGUAAUUUUCCGUUUCAAGAAAUCCUUUUGUAUUGUGAGGGUUGAUGGCUAUUUCUGUAGUUUGAAAACACCUAAUAUAGAUUUGCACUGACAAGAUAAAAAUUCAAGGUUUUUGGUCCUGCAAAUGAGGACCAGUUGUACCUUUUCCAAAGGGAGGUUUACAUGAUUUGUAUCAACAUCAGAUAUUUUAUAUAUGAAUAUAUUAAACAUCUUUAAGAGAUUCAUUUUCAUGUAUUGUCUUAAAGAAAAAAGAAACUAUUUUGCAGAGUAAAAUUCUAUGGCAUUCCUGCAGCAUCCACACAGAGGUGGCAGCUCUAAUGAAUGACUGAUUGGCUUGUGGAGCUGUGGCAGAUACCUUUUUAAAAAUGAAUCUGUACCAUUGUAAAUUUUGUUGAGACUUUUUCUUAAAGACGCAGGAAUCACACUGUCAUUUCUGUGAAGCCUUUGAACUUACGAAUUUGCAUCACCCAAAGUCACAGAGCGGUUAUGUUAGCCAUUUCUUUUGAUUCAUGAUGAAACCUGCUUAAGAGAAUUUUUUUGACAGGUGGACUUGGGAAUAGAAAUUCUCGAUGAUUUCUAGAGUAGAAAUCUAUGCUUAGAAAGCUAGUUUUGGGGUAAAUUCCAUUUUGACAGAAGUGAAUUCCUAGACAGCUUUCGUUGACUUCCAUAUGUAACAAUACCGGUUAAGCCUUAAAUCACAUAUAUGUGCCUUCUCAGAUACAGUAAUUCUCAUUCAACCAAUGUACAUAUAUCCAUAAAGAAGCCCCUUUCCGAUAAUGUUUGAUGUGUCUGUUCCUUCCUUGGAAAGGAGCACUGUGUAUAAAUGUUGAGUUUCUUUGUAUUUGUUAAGCCACAUUUGGUUUAUGGAGAAAUCAACUUUUGAAUUUGCUGUUUGGUUUCUCUUCAUUCCCUUUGGGGAAUGGGAAGACGGAGACUCGUUUUCACUUGAGUAACGGAAAGGUGGUGUGGGUCAGAGUGGUGGUAGCACGAAGAAAGGGGGCUGCAAAGGCCAGUACUGUUUCAGUUGCUCAGCACUGUUGGUUUUGUGUUACAUGGUUGGCCUGUCUGCUGUGUGGUUUUAUCAGUAAUGUACUCCUUUUAAAAUAUACGUUCUCUUGAUUUUUUGUCAUAGACGUAAAUUAAUAUUUUGAGACGUAUCUCUUCACCUGUUCAUUUCUUUUGUGUUGAAAUGAAGUACUUAAAAUUACUGUUAUACAUGAACUUCGUGGACUGUAAGAUUUGUUAUAUAUGUUCAAAUGCCAUUUAGCUGGCUUUUUAAUUAAUAUGCCUGUUUUCAGUGCUUAACACCAUGUAUUGUGACUGUAAAUCAUAAACCUAUUUUAAAUCAUUCCCUUCUGUAUAUUUGUACUCUGAGAGAGCCUUAUUUUAUUCUUCCAGCAGAAUUACUACUUGUGAUAGUUCAUUUACAUUCCCCAGAAUGUGCCUCUGGUGUGAAUUUUGUAUUCUUAUUAAAAGUGUUUGCUGCAGUACCUCA